AUAAUCGAUUAAAUAUUAAUAUAUCUAAAGUGGUGCGGAUUCGUUUUAAAUGUGAAUGUUUUUGGUUUUUAAAUGAUAAAGUCGACUAGAUAUUGGGCAUAUACCAACAUUUUUUGCCAUAGGUAUAGUCAAAAAGCAAUUGUUAAUAUGAAGUACUUAAAUGUAGCUGAAAAGAACGAUGCAGCAAAGACAAUCGCUGGUCUUUUGUCGAAUGGAACCGCAACUAGACGGGAAGGUUAUUCCGUUUAUAACAAAAUCUAUGAUUUCGAAUCGGAAGUAAGUGGACGAAAGAGUAAAAUGGUAAUGACCUCUGUGUCUGGACAUCUAUUGCAAUUGGAAUUUGUUGGAGCAUAUCGUAGAUGGAAUGAAGUGAACCCUCAAACAUUGUUUACAGCACCAAUAAAUAAGACAUGCCAUGAAAAUUAUCGACCAAUUCAAAGAACAUUAGAAAGAGAAGUACGUGGCUGUAAUGGACUCAUAAUAUGGACGGAUUGUGAUAGGGAAGGAGAAAAUAUAGGAUAUGAAAUAAUAGACGUAUGUCGCAAAGUGAAACCAAGCAUCAAAGUAUACAGAGCGAUUUUCUCCGAGAUCACUAGAGCUUCCGUUCGCCGCGCUCUUCAAGAAUUAAAAGAACCUAAUAAGAAGCUAAGCGACGCUGUUGAUGUAAGAACGGAGCUUGAUCUCCGAACAGGGGCAGCCAUAACAAGAUUUCAGACUAUGAGAUUGCAGCGUUUAUUUCCUGAAAAAAUUGCUGAUAAGCUAAUAUCUUAUGGAAGUUGUCAGAUACCUACUUUAGGAUUUGUCGCAGAGCGAUAUAAAGAAAUUGAAGCAUUUGUUUCAGAACCAUUUUGGAAAUUAAGAGUUUUACAUACAAUUGAGGACCUCACAGUGGAAUUCCUUUGGGCACGUAAUAGAUUGUUUGAUAAAGCUGCUUGUGAAGAUUACCUGUUACUUUGUUUAGCUGAUCCGAAAGCGAAAGUUGAAGAUGUAACAACUAAAACCAAACAUAAAUGGAGACCGACUCCAUUGGAUACAGUAGAGAUGGAAAAAUUGAGUUCGCGUAAACUUAAAAUUUCAGCUAAAGAAACAAUGACUAUAGCGGAAAAACUAUAUACCAAAGGUAUAAUUAGUUAUCCUCGCACUGAAACCAAUCAAUUUUCGAAGGAAAUAGAUUUGGGUUCUUUGGUAGAACAGUUCGCUGCUCACCAUGACUGGGGAACAUUUGCGCAACGCGUUAAGGAGUGGGGGGCGAAUCCACGUAAUGGUAACAAAAGUGAUCAGGCUCAUCCACCCAUUCAUCCUACAAAACUUGUUACAGACCUACACGGUAAUGAUGCACGUCUAUACGAAUUAAUAUGUCGACAUUUUCUCGCUUGUGUCAGUAAGGAUGCGGUUGGUUCGGAAACUGUGGUCAAUAUUAACAUUGCUGGAGAAAAGUUUACGGCGACAGGUCUCUGCAUUCAUGAACGAAACUAUUUGGACAUUUAUAUUUAUGAGAAAUGGAAUGCAAAACAAAUACACAAAUACGAACAAGGACAAAUAUUUGAGCCCACUGAAAUAUCUAUGCAAGAAGGAGCCACCACUGCCCCUCCACUUUUGACAGAGGCUGAUUUGAUUGCUUUAAUGGAAAAACACGGCAUUGGAACCGAUGCGACUCAUGCUGAACAUAUAAAUACAAUCAAAGAAAGAGGAUACAUUGGUGUGGUAGAUAAAGGAUGUCUUGUGCCAGGUUUAAUAGGAAUGGGUUUGUAUGAAGGAUAUGAUGCCAUGGAUUUAACAUUAGCUAAACCAAAGUUAAGGGCCGAGUUUGAGUCAGACUUAAAAGAUAUCUGCUCCGGCAAAAAGAACCCUAAAGCGGUCUUAAAUGAUCAAAUUAAAAAGUAUCUGGAAGCGUACAAACAAAUAACAGAAAAAGUGACUGCCAUGGACAAUAAAAUUGCUUUGCGAAUAAAUGAAAAUCCUAGAGCAAAUGGUAAUGCCGGAGAUGACAUCGUGCAAAAUCAAAACAUGACCAAUAAUUCCAUGAGAGAAUUGUUUCAAUGUCCGAAAUGUUCAGUUGCUCCGUUAGCUUUGCGACAGAAAAAAAAUAACCAGGGACAUUAUAUUGGCUGUAUGAACUUUCCUGAUUGUAAGAAUGCUAUUUGGUUAUCUGAAGAAUUCUUGGAGCCCAGUGUUCUAUCAGAAACUUGUCAGAGUUGUGGUCCGAAUGUAAAACUGAUCAAAUUUAAACUUAAUUCAUUAUACUACAAAAAUAUGUUCAAUACCUCUACUGGUUGGUAUACAACGUGUUUGCGUUGCGACCAACAACUCCGUGAUAUGUUCAAUAUUAAUCUGGAUCAAGUUAAGAGAACUGGUGGCAUCGUCGGAAAUACUGGUGAGACUACAAAAACUGCGAAUGUAGUUCCAUUGGUCGCUCCUAGAUAUAUCAAUACCACCAGAAGAUCAGAUGGUUCAGUAAAUAUUCCGAAAAAGCGAAGUAUGAAAAGGUCAAAAACAGAAUCUGAAACUAAACAAGAUUCAAACAAAAAAAAAGUAGAAACUCAAACUACACAUCAAAACAUUCGUUCGUUUUUUACAUCCGCUGUAAAUAAUGAACAACAACAAGUAAGUCUUGAACGACAUGAUAAUCCAGCAGUUAGUGAUGUUGUUUUAGAUGAGUUUUUUAACAGUGAUGACGAUUUCAAUGAAAUUAUAUCUCAAGUUGAUAUACAAAAUGAACAUAUCCGAAGCGAAAAUGUGGGUGAUGAACCGGCUAUCAUCAGUGAUGGCUUGUUAACAAAUAAUGUGACUUCUGUUUCAACAGAAAGCUCUGCGACUACAACCCACUGUGUAGAAAAUCUUGAUUUUAAUUUUGACGACAGUUUUUCUGAUUUACAAGAUUUUGUAUGGGGAACUGCCGAGCAUAAGAGAAUAUCGGUUAUAAACCAGAAUUCCUCAGAUACUGGCCAUAAUCAAAUUAAAAAUCGAACAUCGAGCGACAACAGGAUACAAUCAAUAGAAACUGACGAAUAUAACUGGGGUAGUAAAUCACAACGUACUAUUCUAUCCACCAUAAGUAUUCAAUGCUCAGGAUGCCAUCAGCAAGCUAAACAAUGUAAUGUUAAAAAAGAUGGUCCGAAUAAGGGCAAGUUCUUUUAUGUAUGUGCCCAAACCAAACCAUGCAAUUUCUUUCAAUGGGCUGACGACGUUUCAACACCCAAACCAACCGCUCAGUCGUAUGAAAACCAAACGGUGCCUCAUGCAGAUACUUUAAUUCCGAAAUCUCCUUUGCAAACCGAGAUUAUUAAAUGCAAAUGUGGAAUAGCUGCUAGCUCAUUAAUCGUUCGAAAAGAGGGUCCCAACAAAUCUCGGCCAUUUUAUACAUGCUCAAAGCGAGAUGCUUCGUGUGGUUUUUUCAAAUGGAAAGACGAAGAGUCAAAUCUAGGCGCUGCAUCCAGCAGCAGUCAUGUUGGUCAGAGUUCCGGUAACAGACAAUUGCCUUCGAAAGAUUCUUCCAAAAAACGAAAAUGCGGCAUGUGCCGUCAAGAGGGUCAUACGCGCUCGAAGUGUCCUCGAGAAUCUGAAUUUCAAAAUUAAGUUGUUUAUAUAUAUAGUAUAUUCGUAAAUGCGUAUGUAUUUAUGGAAUUGUUGUUGAAAUCCGUAGAUAUUUUUGUUACUUUUUUUAUAAAAUACAUUCGUAUUAAAGAA